CUCAAAAUGGUCUCUAAAAAGAUCUAAACUUGAGUUCCGGUUGAUUGUUCGAUCUUUUCCUACAAAAUGGCUCCGAAACCAAAGCCUACUGAGAAAUCAGGUACUAAAACUACUGAAAAAAAAACUGAGAAGAAAUCAGAAAAAAAAACUGCUGCAACUACUGCAUCAACAUCAAAGGUAACCAAACCUGCAGCCUCAACAUUGAAAAAACCUCCUGUAGUUAAACCUACAACUACGAAACCCGCCGCAACUAAGCCUGCAAGUAAACCAACACCAAAACCAGUAACGGCUAAACCUAAGGUGGUCAAAAAUGCUCCAACUACGAAGAAAACUUCUAAAGGAGGCAAAACUGCACCUAUUCAAAAGGCUCUUAAAACUCAAAAGAAGGUCUUAAAAGGUGUUCACGGAUCCAGAGUACGUAAAAUACGAACGUCUGUCCAUUUUCAUCGUCCAAAGACGUUCAAACCACCCAGAAAUCCUAAGUAUCCGCGUAAAUCCGUUGCAAAUCGAAACCGAAUGGAUGCUUACAAUAUUAUCAAGUAUCCAUUAACGACUGAAGCAGCUAUGAAAAAGAUUGAAGACAAUAACACGUUGGUCUUUAUUGUUCAUACUCGAGCUAAUAAAUACCAUAUUAAAGCUUCAGUUAAAAAAUUAUAUGAUAUUGAUGUUGCAAAGGUGAAUACAUUAAUUAGACCUGAUGGGAAGAAGAAAGCGUACGUACGUCUAGCUCGCGAUUAUGAUGCUCUAGAUGUUGCCAAUAAAAUUGGUAUCAUAUAAAUGGAUUUUAUUUUAUACGUGUACAAAAUCUCUUCAAAAUAAUAAAAUAUUAAAUAAAUUAAAAAAA